UUGUCUGCUCUGCGAGUUUCAGUCGACGCAUCAUUGGCAGUAUCGGCCGCAGUGUCUGUGCUGUGUUUUCACAUUUCAGUCAGUGGUCGUAUGUUGAGAGCAAAUGUUGUGCUAACGGAGGAAAUAGGAAGUCAAUGUUAGUUAGCUAAACGAAAAAGGCAAUACAACACGUUUAAGUUCUUGCGGUGCAUACAUUCGAAUAAACGGAAGUCGAUGCGUGGAAUUGAUUUGAUGUGAAUACUUUUUUGAAGUAACUAAAUAUAAAGCAGUGCGGCUUUAAAUAAAUAAUAGCCAUGGGCAAAGCGUAGAGAAAGCAUGGCGGAUUGUAAAAAUAGUUCACGUGACACUAAAAAAGUGAAAAAUGUCAGUUGAAUGCUGGCAAAACCAGUAAAAGCGGCUAUAAAGGAAAAGGGGGAACAACGACUCAUUUGCUCGAACUUAAGUGACACACUAAAGUUGAUAAAGUAAAAGAAAAGUGCUUACUUUUCAAAACGGCCGAUAAGUAUAAAAGAAAAUAAAGUGCAAAACAACAAAGUAUAUACAUGCUGUGUUGCAGAAGUGAGCACAGAUACUUAUUUACUACUAGCGUACGUGAUAUUUUCUUCAAAUGCUGCCUGCCAGUCGCUGUCUUACCUGUCUGUGCCGAUAAGGAUAAUAAACGGCAACCGAAACGAAUGCUAGAGGCACUCAGGGAAGCCGUCCGACAGCGAGUGUAGUAAAAUUGUUCGCGCGCGCUUGCAAUCAACCAAAUGUGUCAGCGGUAGCAAACAAAAAAACAACGCACACACAAUUGAUAGUAAAAAGUGCAGCAGGAUGUGUUGCAGCCAUUUGUGCAACAAAGUUUUAGUGAAUGCCAGUAAGCAUACAUAGAAAGGCAACAAACAACGAAACAUAGAUAAUAAAAAUAAAAACAACAAUGCAAGUAGAUUAUUUUCCAACAACACAGCAAUUUUCUAGCAGUGCCAACAUUUUAUAUAAACGCAAAUAAAACUGUGCCGCUGUAACAAAUGCUGACACAAAAUCGAGCUAUGCUGCAAUAAAAGGAAGUGAAAAGCAAUAACAAAAAAAUCACUUUUUAGUUUUAACAAUUUACCAACCAGCAAGGCAAGCAAAAUCAGCAACGUGCAGCGCAGUUAACAACCUAUGAAACAGGCAUUCUUCACUGCUUCUCCUUUGCUGCUACAGCCGCCCCAGUUUCGGCUUCAGCUUCUGUUGUUGAUUGUUUGCGGUUGCAUUUGCUCGCCGCCGCAAAUCACGCAAACCAAUUGAGUGAGAUAGCAGGCAGGCAUUGCAGUUUUGCACUAAAAAAGCGAAAAAGGCAAAAAAACGCAAAAGCUUCAAAAUCACAGCAAACGAACGCAGCAAAAGAAAAAAACAAAAAAAAAACUGAGACAAUCGCGCAACAAACCGUCAAUAAAAAACGUUGACAACAAAAGUGCAACGACGUGCUGUAAAACGCUCGUCUUUUGUGCAUAAAAACACAAAACAGCUGAAAUAUUCUAAACUCCAAAGUUAAAUAUCAAUAUCAACGUCCUGUGCAUUUUGUUCGCGAUUCACUCAGCGGCCAACAUGGCGGGUAAUAUCGUCAAAUGGUGGAAACAUAAAAUACUUGGUGGCUAUAAACAAUUUUCAGUUCAAGAAUGCACCACCGACUCGGAGGAGCUCAUGUACCAUCAGGUGCGCGCCUCUUCUUCCUGCAGUGCUCCGCCCGAUUUGCUCAUGGUUAGUGAUCGUGAAAAUAAUAUACCGUUACGUUCACCUGUAGUCAAUAUAAUUGCAACGACGACCACAACGGGGGCAACAACAACAACAACGGCAACAGCCAAUCACAGCAGUGGUGGCGGCGGUGGCGUGGUGCAAAAACAUCAUCAACAGCAUACUACGGGGCAACAGCAGCCACAACAACAGACACACAGAGAACAUCAACACCAGCAACAUUGUUCAAAAGAUGGUAAACAACAUCUGAAAUUGAGUAGCAAAAGUGCUGCUGCAAGUAAAUUUAUUAGCGCGCAGCAACAGUUGGCCGUUGCAAGCCAGCAGUCGCAGCAGUUACAGCAACAACAGGAUGAGAUUGAUGGCCAACAGCAGACAGCGCAUCAGCAGCGGCACUCCUCACAUCAGCAUGGCGGCGGUGGCAACAAGGAGGAGCGCAUACGGUUGGAGGAGUUCACUUGUGACGUUUCCGUAGAGGGUGGCAAAUCCACACAGCCACUACAGUUUUCCUUCACCUUCUACGACCUCGACGGCCAUCAUGGCAAAAUCACAAAGGAUGACAUUGUCGGCAUCGUCUACACGAUAUACGAAUCGAUCGGCAAGUCAGUGGUGGUGCCGCACUGUGGCAGCAAAACAAUCAACGUCCGCCUCACUGUCAGCCCAGAGGGCAAAUCAAAAUCAGCCGCAGCCGCCGCCGCCGCCGCCGCCGCCGCUGCAACAACUGGUGGUGGUGUUGGCGGCAAGUUGAAAAAGAUGGCCAACGGCGCCGGUACUGGUGCUGGUGCUGGCAUAUUGGAGACAGCGACAAAGACAAACGCCAGUCACAGCGGACAUGGUCAUACACGUCGUCAGCAUCGCUAUCGGCCGCGCAAACUAAUUAAAUCGGAUGAUGAGGACGAUGACAGUAACAGUGACAAGGAAAAGGAAGCGGCGACAACGACAAGUGCCGCUGCAGCUGCUGCCUUGGCGGUUAGCAACAGUGUGGGUGGUGGCGCAGUGGGAAUGGCGGCGAUGGCAGCCACAACUGCAGGCGGCAAAUCAAAAAGUCAUUCCAGCGCCAGCAAGUACAAUAAAAUGAAGGCCUCAGCCGCGGCAGCAGCGGCGGCGGCGGAGCAGCAGCAAUUGUGGUAUCAACAGCAGCAGCAGCAACAACAACAGGAGAUGGUGGGCAAUACGGCAGACCAAGAGCAACAGCAAACACCACCACACAUCGUUGCUUCCGCUACUGGUGCUGAUGCAGAUACGACGGGCAUUUGCCCACACGAGAAUCUCUAUGAGAAUAUGACUACAGCGAAUCUCAAAUGUUGCACGAAGGAUGCACCAUUGCUGAAGGUGGAAGAUUGUCGCGGCUGUGAGGCGACAACGACGACGACCACGCCAGUUGUGGCGAGUGGCGGUGCACUGCCACUUACGACGACCGGCUAUGGGCGCUCACCAACGGAUGUGUAUAUGCGACAGGCGUCUACGCGCGUUAAAAUGCUACGCAAGGCGCGAAAACAGAAGUUUCAGGACCAUUACCAUGAAACACGUCAGCGCAGCCUGUCGGUUGGCAGCGAAGCUUGCUGGUAUAAUCGACAUAUACAACAACAACAACAACAACAAGCACAGCAACAGCAGCAGCCAGUAAAAUUGGAACAGCCGCAACAGCAACAGCAACAGCCACAGCCACAGCAGCAUCAGCAAUUAGGUGACGUUGUCGAUGGCGUUCAACUACGUAAUCCGCGCAAGAAUGCCACGACUGUCUCCACCGCCUCAACAGUUUUGGCGCCACGGCAACGCAACUCUGCUGAAUGCUGGAAAACCGCAUUGAAUCGCAACGAAUUGAUGAGCAUUAUAAGGGAGAGCAUGGAGAAGAAUCGUUUGUGUUUUCAGAUGAGCGGAAAACCUCAAGCAAAUGUGAGUCCCAUAAGGCAACCACAACAUCAACAUCUACAGCCUCACAGUCAGCUGCAGCAGCAGCAGCAACAACAACGUCAGCGCUCAAAUACAGUGUCGAAAAUACCGACCUUAAUUGCGAACCACAGCAAUGCCAUUAUCAGCCACAACAGCAGUUGUAUUAUGCCCAACAGCAGCAGCAACAACAACAACAAUGCGCACAAUACCAGCAAUGCCAACAACAACAGCCAUCACCAUCAUCAUCAUCACAGCCACAGCCACAACAACAGCAACAACCACAGCCACAGCCACAGCAACAGCAGCAGUCACAGUCACAGCAGCAAUCAUACGAACAACAACAGCAGCGAAUUAAAUUUGCACGACAUCAGCACCAGCAACAACACCAAUCAAUAUCAUCCUCAACCACAUAUACCCAUCUACCACCAACAACUGGCCAUUAAUCCCGCCAUACUUGCGGCCCAAAGCGGCAUGCAUCAGGGACAGCAUAACAAAAUGAAUUUGUGCGGCUACGAUUCUUUUUUACACGCGACAAUUUGCGGUGGCGGCACAACUCACUCGCCACCACCUUCAACAGCAGUGGCGGCGAAUGCAACUACACUUGUGCCACAAAUUGUCAACUACAAUAAUCAACAGCCCACACAACAACAACAACAACAACAACAACUAAUCGCAACGGUACAACCCAUAAUGACAGCAGUUCCUAGCAGCAACGUCACACCUGCAAAGGUUUUCCUCAACUCCACGACACAUCAAAUUAAGACUAGCAAAAUUUUGCGCAGCGGUUGUUACUCCCAACAGCAGGCGCAGCAAAGCCUCACGGCGCACAACUCACCACAAUACCAUGGCUAUCAGCGGCUCUCCUCUGCGAGCGCACAUUACGGCCAGCAUCACCACCAUAGCCAACAGCAGCUACACCAGCAGUGCGCCAACAAGCUGGCCGCUUUGAAUAUCACCACCAGCGCAGGCGCACAAUUGGAGCGCACGCCAACCGGUGACCACAUCGAAAAGUGGCUGAAGAAUAGUGGCGGCAAGCAUCAGCAGCGCAAGGAACCAAACGUGGUGAAGAACGCGGAUAACUCUUUGUAUGCCAAAUUGAGUGAGAAACUGCAAGAUAGUGUAUUGAAUAAGCAACAACCACAACAACAACACCACAGUCAACGCGAAAAUGCGCAACGUCGCAAACACAAGUCGGCGCAUAAGACGCGCGUGCUGCCUGCCGCGCUCGCGGGAAAUGUGGCAACAACACAGAAGACUGCCGUUGGCAUACACUCAAGCAGCUCUAAUGGUAGCAUAGGCAAUUAUGCUGCGCUCAUACCGAUAAAUGGUGAUCCGACCGAAUGCGAGAAUCUCAUUGCGCCGACCACAACCGACGAUGAGGCGUUAAGUGAAGCGCCAGCUGCGGUAGCGAAGUUAUUCGCAGCGUGCAACGCAGACGAUACGCAGGUGAAGGAAAAAGCAACGGCGAAUUCGAGUACAGUCACAACAGGUGGUGCUGACGAAACGAGUAAAGAAAGUGAGCGCAAUGUGGCUACUGCCAAAUUGGUGGAUUUGAGUGAUGACUCGGAGUUGGUAGCCGUUGGGGCUGACGCGCAAGCGGUGUCACUACGAGUAAGUGAUGCAGCUGAGGUAGAUGAGGUGGAAGGCGAAUUGGAGGAAGAGGAGCAAGAGGGCGCUGUGAUGGAAGGAAGUGGUGGCGGUAGUGGGAGCAGCGGCGGUGCUUCAUCGUUGAUACACCGUUAUGUGCACGAACACAUACACCAUCACUAUCAUCAUUUUGAGGAAAAAGACGAAUAGAAAAACAAAAUAGUGCUAAAAGAGAUACAUAGCAUAUAUUAGGUAUGGAUAUGAAUACUAGUAUGAGAUUAUGUUAAUUGAGUGAACCGGUGGUACGAGUAGUUUAAGGAAUAGGAGUAGUUAUAAUAAGAAGAAGCAGUGUUUAAGUGUUGUUUAGCUGUAGUACAAGUAGUCAUUAAGUUUUCUUUAGCCAAUUUCCCCAGCAGCUUUGUUUUGCGAAUAAAAGCUUAAACGCCUGAAUGUAUGCUAUAAAUGUUAUGCUAAUGCUAUUAUUGAAGCAAGGGAGCCAGAGAUCUAAAAGCGAAGAAAAUAAAGGGGAGUGAGCUCAGAAUUGUAUGGAAAUAUAAAAUUAAUUUAAAAUUAAAUAUACUACAGUAGUAUAAAAU